GACUCGGUUUGGCCGCACUCGUCGUCCGACGAAGCUACCGAGACUCGACUCCGAGGUCGAAGUCCGAGGACUCGAGAGGUCUAUGUGUGGUAUGUGGUGAGUGCGCUGUGGCUUGUAAUGUUCAGCAGUGUAUCAUGGGGGCUCUGCUGUGUGUGAGGGCUCGUAGAUGGAAGCUGGAUUUGAGUUCACGGACAUGCCAAAACACGUCAGGUGGCGUCCGUUCUUUCUAUGUGACAAAUUGCUUAGACUCUCAGACUGCACACCUGGACCCGCGCGUCCAUUGCGAAUCAGCACGAGGGGUGCGGCGCGUUCAGCGGGAGACGACGUUAUACAAUGCUCUCCUCAGUGCGCCUCGAGCUAACCAGUGAUAAUGCGCGGGGAUCCUGGAUAUCAAUCACAGAGGCUGUACUCGAAUCAUACCGCGCUCAAGGGUGCGGUUCUAGGACAUGAAGCGAUUUUCGAAGAUCCAUCUCCUUCGUUAGCUGGUGACAUGUGUCUAUCUGCUUGGCUCCGUUAUCGGUACUCCUCAAGAGAGGAAUACAAAAGGCGGAGCAGCGACCUGCUCCUUCUCGUAUUAAUCAACAAUGUCCGACUUGGCUCCAUUCAAGGGAGACAUCGUCGCUCCUGGGGACGAGGACUACGAGCGUGCAAUCACACGAUGGGCAGCCAAUGCCACCCGCCGUGCGCGCAUCGUCGCGUACGUUCGCGACGCCGAGGAUAUUGCGACGGCCCUCCGGUACGCGCAGGUAGACGGACUCAAGAUAGCCAUUCACGGCGGCGGUCAUAGCCCCAACGGCGCAUCGUCCGUCGAAGACGGGCUUGUCAUUGACCUCAGUCGCUACUUGAAUAGUGUUAGGGUCGAUCCAGAGGCUCGUCUCGCGUAUGUCGGGGGUGGGGCGAAGUGGGCCGAUGUGGACAAGGCCACCAUGGCACACGGCCUUGCCAUGACAGGCGGAAUAGUCAGUCAUACGGGCGUUGGCGGACUUACUCUCGGAGGUGGCUAUGGCUGGCUCGCCCCAAUGCAUGGUCUCACUAUAGACCACCUGGUCUCUGCGAACAUCGUGUCGGCGGAUGGUGUCGUCCGCAUUGCUAGCAAGACCGAGAAUCCCGACUUGUUCUGGGGCAUUCGCGGAGGCGGCUGCAACUUCGGCAUCGUCACCGAGUUUGUCUUUCGACUUCAUCCUCAGCGCCGCACAGUAUUCGGCGGUGCCGUGAUGUUCUCCCCGGACAAAUUAGAGGCCAUUGCCCAGCUUAUCGAGAAAUGGUAUCCUACCGCUGGAGAGAAGGAGGGUAUGCACGUUGUCUUGGGGCGUGGAUUCGACGGUAAUCCGAAUAUCAUGCUCCUCAUGCUCUACAAUGGGUCGGAAGCUGAAGGGCGGGAGAAUUUCAAGGCAUUUACGGAUCUCGGGUCUGUCAUGGACAUGCGCCAGGAAAUGCCCUAUGAAGUGUUCAACUCUUUCAGGGAUCAUUGGUUGAGUCCUGGCAAGUGCCACUGGUUCCGAAGCUUUCUCGUCGACCGCGCUGAGAAAGUCCUGACCCGUGAGACCUUUGAUGAGGUCACGGAGCUGACCAAUCCAGAGAAGCCAUUCAAUCAGUCAACCCUCGCCUUCGAGUACAUGCCUCAGGCCAAGAUCAAUAAUGUCCCGAACGGCGAAACCGCCUACUCCCGUAAUCGACCUGGUCUUGGCAAUGGCCUCGCGCAUGUCAUAUGGGAUGAGAAUAAACCAGAGCUCCUGGAAGAGGCGAAGCGGAUCGCCCAGCAAAUGAUCGAGUUACCCUUGAAGAUUGGCGGGCCACAGUAUGGCAACUACAACGCGGACACCGAAGCCGCUCUACCGACCGCAGAAGCCAAGUCCGCUAGAGCCCAAGCGCUAUAUGGAGAUAACUACCUCCGAUUACAGCAGAUCAAACGCAAAUUCGAUCCCAACAUGGUUUUUGAUAAGUGGUUCGUGAUCCAACCUUCCCUUGAGUGAGGAGUUGUCGUGUUUUGGCCGCGCAGGUGCAUGUCAGGACGGUAUAGCGUUCUAUGUCGUGCGGUGCAUAUAUUAUACGCAUAUCUACUGUAUGUACAUCGGAAAAAGACAGUUUAUUUGAGAAGCGCAUUGAAGAUAUUUAU